AUGCCCUUAGAGUGGUGUUUCGGUGUGCGCGUCCUGCUGAUACGGAGCGGUGCUGGCGCGGGCUCUGUAGCCCUUGGUGGAGGCUGCAGCACGCGAGGAGACAUGGGCUCUCCUCGCUGCGCGCAGCCGAGAUCUGCAUAUGACACAGUGAAACAAUCCAGGGUGGCCAUCAAGAAGAUUUCACCAUUCGAACAUCAGACUUACUGCCAAAGAACUUUAAGAGAAAUCAAAAUUCUUACUAGGUUCAAACAUGAAAACAUAAUCGAUAUUCGAGAUAUACUAAGAGCAGAGACAAUUGACCAAAUGAAGGACGUCUACAUCGUCCAGUGUUUAAUGGAGACGGAUUUAUACAAAUUAUUAAAAACACAGAAACUAAGCAACGACCACAUCUGUUACUUCCUGUACCAAAUACUGCGAGGGUUGAAGUAUAUACACUCGGCGAACGUGCUGCACAGGGAUCUUAAGCCUUCCAACCUCUUGCUUAAUACGACCUGUGAUUUAAAGAUAUGUGACUUUGGACUGGCAAGAGUGGCAGAUCCAGACCAUGAUCACACCGGUUUCCUUACGGAGUACGUGGCGACACGCUGGUACCGCGCCCCAGAGAUUAUGCUCAACUCAAAGGGCUACACCAAGUCGAUAGAUAUAUGGUCUGUAGGCUGUAUCCUAGCCGAGAUGCUGUCAAACCGACCCAUUUUCCCGGGCAAGCAUUACUUGGACCAGCUGAACCAUAUUCUGGGAGUGCUGGGCUCACCCGGGCAAGAGGAUCUUGACUGUAUCAUUAACGAAAAGGCUCGAGGUUACCUGGAGUCUCUGCCGUACAAACCACGUGUACCUUGGACACAACUGUUCCCGAACGCGGAGCCGCGUGCGCUAGACCUGCUGGACAAAAUGCUCACCUUCAACCCCCACAAGCGCAUCACUGUGGAAGAUGCGCUCGCGCACCCAUACCUCGAACAGUACUAUGACCCACACGACGAGCCCGUAGCAGAAGAACCUUUCCGGUUCACGAUGGAGCUGGACGAUCUACCCAAGGAAACCCUGAAGAGCCUCAUCUUCGAAGAGACUCUGCUUUUCUAUCAAAUUCAGAACUCGUAA